GGCUUUCCAUUGCAUUGCAGAGAGGAGCAAGGCUGAAGGGAGGGUAGAGGGGAACUACCAAAGGAGAUCCCUGUGUUACAGUGGGAAACAAUUCUUUGACCUUCCCUGUUUUCGUCUCUCUCUCUCUCUCAUCUCCUCCCCACGUUCUCCCCCUCUCCCAAUGUGGUUUGGAUCUCCCUCCUUUCCUUCUCCUCCUUCUUCCUCUUAAGCGUCUCCGCUCUGCUUGGACGGUGGCUGCAUCGAUGCAAAAUGGGUUGUGGCAAUUCCUCAGCCACCAACACCUCAGGAGGGGGGCCAGCAGAAGUCUCCAAAGAUGUGAACUAUGGUGGCGUAUAUGUAGGUCUACCAGCAGACCUGACCACUGUGGCUGCUAGUCAGUCCAAGUCCACACAUAAAGACUAGCAGCUACUGAAGGGAACACAGCACAGGAUCCUAUAUAUUCAUUCACCUAGAGACACUCACAUUACUAGAAAGAGAGCAUGUAAGUGCUCCGAUUCUGGCUCACCACACACUGAAUAAAGUCUCAGACUUUAACACUCUCAUUGAGCGGGGAUGUGGACAGCUUGCCGGAGCUCAGAGGACGCUGCCUCAUGGAGUCAUGGGUGACACAGUGACGCAGGGAAGCACAGUGGAGGUCUGCAUAUGGCAUCCAUCAUCACCUUUCACUUUGCAAAAAAAAAAAAAAAGAACAAAAAAAAGAUGGG